UUUCAAGCAGAGGGAACACCAAGCGAGACAGGCUUCCUUCCUCUCGUUUCGGUAAAAAGUACUUUCCAAAUUUCCGGAUGGAUUUUUUGUAAUUCUCUGGUUAAAAUUUGUUAAAAAAAUUUGCGGUUUUAUAAAGUAUAUAGUAAAAGACAAAGUGUGCUUUAUAAAUAAGGGAAGGAAUUUCACAUUCCAGUUAAUGUUCCAUCUUCUCUUCUUCGACAAAGAAGACGACACAACCGGAACAUUUUGAUUAAUUAAUAAUGUCACAUCGCCAACAUCAUUUAGGAAGAGGUGGGAGGGCAAAUCCAGUUGGUGCUGUUCCUCAAGCCCCGCCACCCCCAGUUCUCAGCAAUAGUCGACAAGGUGGUCGCCCUUCCAGUAACAGGCGUUCCAGUAGAUCUCGAUCUCCACAUGAUCGUAGUAGAAGCAGUGGUGGAAAUCGCUAUGCAGGCCGACUUCCUGGUCGGGAAGAAGCAGAGAGAGCAAGAGGAAGACCGAUGAGGCAAUCUCGCAGUCGUAGCUCGAGUCCUAUCGCCAGUAAUUCUAUCAACGUACCCAGCACUGCUGCUUAUCGCGGAAUUAAAAGUUCACUACCACACAGUGUUUUAAAUCAUUCUCUUCCACCACCAAUUAAACAACAAUCCAUCAGUCUUAUAACAGAAGACGGAACGUUCCCUAUAAUUCGUCGUAUUCUAGAUCCCGAUGAUGUUAAGAUUCCUCGAAGGAGUGGGGAAGGUGCGAGACCAAUUUUUGAAAGAGACGAACUCAAGGAAGGGAUGCGUCGUAGAUUUGCCUCAGAUGGUGACGAAGGUCACAAUAGAAGUCCUCCAGUUUUGCAACACCCUUCCCAACGAGUGAUGAUUAUUCAUGACCCAACUGCUUCCAAUAGAGGUGAUUCGUUCAGACUGCCACCAGUUGUGACCAAAGACUUGGAGUUUAGAGGAUCAAGAAAUCUUCAACCCAUCACGACAUCAGGUCAACAUCGCGAUUUCCGACCUUCAAAUUACCAGCAUCGUUCCAUGUCACCACCAUCCCGGGAUAGAGACAUGCGUGGUGAAAGAGGACCAUCUUCAGUAAUGCGUCGUGGUGAUAGAAGUCGGGAUAUUAUUACUGUUAGAGGGGAACGCAUCCGAGAGGAAGGGUUACAUCCACCACACAUACGGUCCAGAUCUAAAGACCGAACAGAACGACCAUCGCACCAUUCACGCAGUCCUGUUAGAGUUUUAAGAGACCGAGAGAGAGUGUCCAGAAGCCUCUCUCGAACCCCACCGCCAAUGCCACCAGAGAUGCGUAGGCGAAUGAUUGAACGAGAAAGAGAUUUAAGGAGUAAAUUAUCCCGUCCGGCUGGAAGGUUUCCAGCAAAAUUUGACACAAAUCAGCACGACAGUCGUAUUGGGGAACCAUCAUCUAGUUCUUUCCGUGGCAGAGGCAGAGGGUUCCUUCGAGGAGGACGAGGGGGCUUCCGAGAGGAGAAUCGAUCCCGUGGACACACGUGGGAACAUGACCUUUUUGAAAGAGAGGACAAUUUGGAUGCAGAUUUAAAAUCAAGUAAAGUUUAACCCUUCCUGUUUCCCUCCGCCUUUCAAGCUGUAUGUCAAACAUGUCAAGUCAACUUGCUACCACGAACAUUCAGCUCAAACGUUAACGUCAUAAUUAUUCGAUGAAGUCUAGCAAUUUCUACUUGUAUGCAUGACGUGUGAAGUCUGAUUAUACUAUGAAUGCAAAGGUUCCCUAAUAAUUGUUAAUUGUUGCUAAAAUGUUGUUUCAGUAUGAUAUUUUAUUCUGUAAAAUCUAGCUAAGUAUUUUAAUUCUACAUAUUAUUAGAGAUUACGAUGUUGUUUUAAAAUAGAAUAUAGAGAUUAGUUUAUUGUGUUCAGACGCUAGAGUAGAGUUGUUGGUAAAGUUCGGAAGUAUUCUAGGGUUGUUUUUGUAAUUAAGGUGUUUGUAAUGGUUUCAAAGAUUUGCAAAUAAAGACUAAUACAAGUAUAUUAGAACAUU